GUUCAAAACUUUCCAAGUAAUAUUACUUUCUUACCGGAUAUACCAUCAAUGCUAAUUCCAAGAGGUCAAAGUGAUCAUGCACCAUUUUUGAAUUAUCUUGGUAUACCUGUUGCUGAUAUUACUUACAGGUAUAAGUUAAAAAUUAUAAAUUGUCUUUAUGCAUAA